GGCUCGCUCGCCGGCCGUCCUGCGGGCGGGCGGCUCCGGGCGUGGGGCGGGCGCCCGCCGCCGAGGGGAAACCCAGUUAUUAAAAUUGAUUAUAGAAGAGCAAACCUGACAAGCCAAUAACAAUGGAAAAAAUUGGGAGAGUUACCAAAAAGCUGUCAUCCUUAACACCAGGCUUAGCUGGUGGCACAGGAUGCAACCUGAGGAGCAUCUAUACAUCUAAGUACUUCAGAAAAGAACAAUAAUAUAGUUCAGCCUUGUUGAGGACCUUCUGCACUCCAGACUACUCCUGAGUGCUUUCCAUGAUUAGCUCACUGAAUUGAGCCAGCCUAUGAGGCUAAGAGAGUCCUUCCUGAAUAAGAAAGGUCUUAAGCAACAUGAUGGAUUCAGAAGCUCAUGAGAAGAGAUCACGGAUCCUAACAUCUUCAAAACAAGAUCUGUCUCCUCACAUUACAAACGUUGGAGAAAUGAAGCAUUACUUGUGUGGCUGCUGCGCAGCUUUCAACAAUGUAGCGAUCACAUAUCCCAUUCAGAAGAUCCUCUUUCGGCAGCAGCUAUAUGGGCUCAAAACCCGGGAUGCAGUCCUGCAGUUGAGAAGGGAUGGAUUUCGAAACCUGUAUCGUGGAAUCCUCCCUCCAUUGAUGCAGAAAACCACUACCCUGGCCCUUAUGUUUGGUCUCUAUGAGGAUUUAUCUUGCCUUCUCCGGAAGCAUGUCAGUGCUCCUGAGUUUGUAACCUGUGGCGUGGCAGCAAUACUUGCAGGGACAACAGAAGCCAUUUUCACUCCAUUGGAAAGAGUUCAGACACUGCUUCAAGAUCAUAAGCAUCAUGACAAAUUCACAAACACUUACCAGGCUUUCCGGGCACUGAAAUGUCAUGGGAUUAGGGAAUAUUAUCGAGGCUUGGUGCCUAUUCUUUUCCGAAAUGGAUUUAGCAAUGCCCUUUUCUUUGGCCUUCGAGGACCUAUUAAGGAGCAUCUGCCUACGGCGACGACGCAUAGUGCUCAUCUGGUCAAUGACUUCAUCUGUGGAGGUCUUCUGGGUGCCAUGUUGGGAUUCUUGUUUUUUCCAGUUAAUGUUGUAAAGGCUCGAAUACAGUCUCAGAUUGGUGGGGAAUUUCAGUCCUUCUCCAAGGUUUUCAAAACCAUUUGGCUAGAGCGGGAUAGGAAGUUGGCGAAUCUUUUCAGAGGUGCUCAUCUGAAUUAUCAUCGGUCUCUAAUCUCUUGGGGAAUAAUCAAUGCAACUUAUGAGUUUUUAUUAAAGGUUACAUGACAAAGUCACUAGCAAAAUGUGAUUUAUCAGCUAAUUAGACCCAAGAAUGCAAUUUGGCUUUGUUCCUAAUUGGCCUAAAUACAUUGGUGUCAUUAAGUCAGCAAAUUAUGGACAAAGCAUCAACGAAAGCAGAAUGAACGUUUUCAGAAGGUAAUCGAAAGGUUUGUUUUGACCACUACCCAAGAGCUUUAGGCUGCUGCCUGGUAGCUAGCUGUGAGUCUCAGGGCAACCUAACAGCCAGGAUGUGAUCCUUUUUCCUCCUGGAAACAGUCUUUUGGCCUCUGUAUGGAAGCAUCCUGGCCCUGUGCAGCCCCAGCACGUGUUCUUGGGCCUUAGGACCCUUCAGGCACACUUCGUUCCUCUUAUUUACCGUGGUUUCUUUGCUUCCAGAGGCAGCUGCAGAAGGCAGUCUGUUAGACUGAGCACCCGUAAGACGAAGGAGCAGAACAGAGGAAAACCAGCUUGUUAGAGACAGGCAUUGCACAACAAAUUACUGCUGCUAGUUUUGAAAAGAAGCGCCUUGUUGGGUUAAUCAUCCGAAUUAUUUCUGUUUAGACUUAGUAGAAUCAAGCAGCUAAUAAAAGUUUUCAUUUUGCUUUUUUAGCUUUGAAAGUUUUCUGUUUAAUUCCGAAUGUGACUUUAAGCCUUUCCAAAAUAUCCUUGUGUUGAUUUUACUGAAUUCAUUGCCAAAAGAUGAGAGGACUUAACAUUCUGUUACAUGCUUCAUCUUGUUAAUUACAUAUAGAAUAGAUCAUAUCCUGUUUAGCUUGGCUUUGAAUUAAUGGUACCAACUUGAGAAGAAUAUCAUUGGGCAUUAUUUUCCCCCUUGAGUAGUAAUUUGUCAUAUUCAAGCACCCUGUUCUCUUGAAAUACACUGUUAAAAAAGCAAACACUUCCUGGUCUGGGAAGAUGUCUCACUGGUUAAAGGUGCUUGUUUGCAAAGCCUGCCAACCCAGGUUCAAUUCCUAAGCCAGAUUCAGAAAGUGUCUCUAGUAUCUGGUGCUUGCAGUAGAAAGAGGUCCUUGGCACACACACAACAUGUAUGUAGACAAAUUGGUUUAAAUACUUCCAUAAAGUUUUAUUUGGGGAAUUAUUGACAUAACCCCAAGUUUUCUUUUUUCCAGGUUUCUAAAUACCAUGGAGGGGGGAGAGAAGGCUCAGCAUAGAUUUUACUCCACAGUGUUAGUUGUCUUAUGUACUCUUGGAAAGAGACUUCUUUAGGAUUUUGACAUUUUGGAAAACCCAAUUUGCCAUUGUACCAUCAGAAGAAGAUAAGGACUGGAGAGAUAACUUAGCGGUUAAGGCGCUUGCCUGCAAAGUCUAAGACCCAGGUUCUAUUCUCCAAUACCCACAUGAAGCCAGGUGCACAAAGUGGAGUGUGUUCGCAGUGGCUUGAGCCCUGGAGCACCCCUCUAUCUCUGUCUCUCUGCUUAUGAAAAUGAAUAAAUAAAAAUAAAGAAGAUAAGAGCAUCUGAUCUAAGUAACAUUUUGAAUUCCAGAGAUUGGUACCAGCCAGGCAGCAUACUCAUCCCUUAUAACCUUAACUGACAAAAGCAUCUGAGGAAUCAGAUAAUAUUAGAGCAUUUUUUCAAGUAAACGUAACAUGACUCAUGCACCACUGAAUAAUGAAAUAACAUGAAUAUUAAAAAGCAGCCUGUAAAUAUUAGGUGUUCUGAUUGUUCAGAAAGUGGUAGGUUUUGUUGUUGUUUGUUUUGCGGUGCUAGGGAGUGAACCCAGGGCCUUGUACAUUCUAGGUGAGUACCACAAGGGUGCAUAUACCCCAUCCUUCACUCCCCUCCCCUGUUUUAAAGGUAGGUUUCUUACUAAUGGUUGCUUUUCAUCUUUCUGGGUAAUUGCACGCAAAUACGUAUGCAUACCAACCAAAAUGAAAUCAGGGCCUCAACUAGUAGUUUACAAGUAGUUUCUGGGCAGAAAAUCCAAAACAGUUAUUCACCUGUAAAUACAAUAUGGCUGGUUAAAUAAAGUGAACAUCUUCCAACUGAAAAAUGGAUUAAAGAACAUAUCAAGCAAUAGCAGCAGUAAUGGAGCUGAGUAGCUUUUGUAGGAAACAGCUUGAAAGUUUUCUAGGUACAGCAAGCAUUGCAGUGAUCAAGUCACAGAUGUGAGGAUUUCAGAAAGCAAUUUGACACCAGUGGGCUGCUGCGAUGGCUCACCUUAAAGGUGCAGCGUGCUUGCAAAGCCUGCUAGCCUUGAUUCAAAUUCCCCAGCCAGAUGCAAAAAGGGACUUAUAUGUCUGAUACUAGUUUGCAGCAGCAAGAGCCCCUGGUAUGCCAGUUUGACUAGUGUACUUUGCAUGUUGAAUCAAGAUUUGAAGGUAAUUCAGUUUCACACAUGAAAGAACACCUCGCUUCCUGAUGGUGUGUUCACAUAUGUGUGACCUUGAACAUCCACAAGCAUGUCUUGGUACCAAGCACUGGGUAAAUUAGCCAGGAAUUAUGACUGUUUCGGGAGUAUGUUUCAUUGGGCUCUCAGUGAUGUGGGGCUUGUUUUUAUCUUCACACUCCAUGCAGGUGAUAGAAAUUAAGUUGUAAAGCACUUUUAUGAACUAUUAGAACUAAAGAAAAAUGCUUUAGUUUUUGCUUUCUCAAAUAAAUGGCAUUUUAAGUUAAUUACUAAAAUUUUUUAUUGUUUUUAACUCAAACUGUUGCCACUCUUAACAGCUCUUGACAAAACUGCAAAUACAUUAUCAGAAAUGAUUUUUUGUUUAUAAACAAGUUUGACAAACAUUCAGAACUUGUAACCAACUUGCAAUGUCAAAAUGUGUAAUUAAGAAAUUCUGACAAAUGUAAUUUUUUUUAAGGAAAACAAUUGAACUAUCUGAACAGCUUUAAAAUUGGUCUUUCUGUUACAUGUGUGGCACACAGACGACUCAUGAGCACAGGACACUUAGCCUUGUGCCUUGUACUUCAUAUCUGAUGCUACCAGAAAUGUGUUAUGGAUUCUGUAUUUAACACACUUUCAGUGUAUGAGUUCUCAGGACUGCACCACAGUAAACACAGCCUUUAGAUGGUGGAAUCUUGUUUAAUUUGUGGUUGGGGACGAAGUUGGAUGUUUUUGUCUAAUAAUUAAUAUUCAUCUUAUGUUUGGAUAUAUAAUCACUUGCUAUCUGUUGUGGCCUGCACAAUAAAAUAGAGUUGUACAUACAGUCGUGCCUGAAUUUCCCAAGCUCAGUUACAGUGGGAAGACUCAGCCUAAGGCGGCGCAAACUUGUGAGGGAGGCAUAACAAGUAGUGAACGCCAGAGGUGGGAUCUAAAGGGCUUACUCUGGGUGAGCCUGUCAUUGACUUAGCACCAGUGCCGUGGAGAUGAAGCGCUGUACUGUGAGCGACAGCAGUCAGUGAAGGCUAGGCAGGUUGCAUUGGAAGUAAAGCACUCAGACUUGUUUUCUUUUAUAUUAAGGCAUUGUUUUCUCAUACAAACAAAUGCAGAGCAAAGACUUGAACUACAUUCUUGAUAAGCUUGAGGAUUUUUAGUUCUUAAUGCUCUUUUUGCUUAACAAAGUUUCACUAACAUGGUUAGACUGGAUUUUACUUGCUCUCUUGUGUUACAUGACAAUGGGUUUGAUAAAAAUCUGUUAAUGUUUUCUGUUUUUGAGUAAUUGGAAUAAAAUUUGUUUAAGUCCAUCCUAA